UUUCGCUUUAUUAUGUUGUCGUUCUGAUGAAUUCAUAGACAAAAUGGCAAAAAGACUGGGUUCUAGUGACGCAUGUGUGACAGUUGACAGUUGACACUGACAUUUGUUUUCCAUUUCCGUAAUUAAUUAUUAUCGUUCGGAGUUUUGUUUAGGCUUAAUUAAAAAUGGAAACAAGAAGAAAAGUGGCUAAAAAGAGAGAAAGAAGUGAGAAUUGGUUAAGUGAAGACAAGAAUUUAUUAAUGAAGUUAGUCAGGGAGAGGGUGGCUGUGAUUGAAAACAAAAACACGGACACUAACACUAAUUCCAAAAAGCAGGCAGCGUGGGCAGAUUUGUUAAAUAGUUUUAACAGUAUGUGUAAGGGAAGCAAACGUUUCCUUCCACAGCUAAAAUCACAAUGGGGCAUCAUCAAGAUGCACGAAAAACAAUUAAAAUCGUUAGAGCGGAAGCAAAUCAUUGCUACAGGUGGCGGCCCACCGCCACAGCAGGACCCUCUAAAGAUUGAAGACACCAGUACAUGGCUUUCCGAUGAAUUUGUAAUCGACACAAAUGAAUUUGAUUCCGAUCAAAUCAAUCAGGUCAAGGUUGGAAGGCUGUCACCAGAUGAACAUCAGGAGGUACAUCAGGAGGAUGGAAUUACACAAGAGGUACCUCCUACUAAUCAUGAGAUGAGCAAAAUAAAUCAAGAAAAUGAGGACAAGGUCCUACCUAUAACUAAUGAGACUGACCAGCGGAAAAAAGAAAAGGAGAACAAGGUUGUGUCUUCUCUGACCAACCGUUUAAGAAAAAAGAAGACUGGAAAAAAUGAAAAUGAGUACAAGACAUCUACUGCUGCAAAUGCAAUUGCAAGAGUGGAAAUCGAUUGCAGGAGGGAGCUCCACAGUGCUCAAAUGGCGAAUGAAAAGCGGAUAGCUCGAAAUUUAGAUUUGAAAGAAAUGUUGUUACAAAAAAAAAUUGAAUAUUAUGAAAAAAAAUAUAAAAUGCUUUAAAAUAACAUAUUUUUUUAAUUAAUUUAUUAGCUAAAAUGUUGAUCAAUAAAUGCUCGCAGGAAAUCACUGUUUCCUACUCUUCCUCUUCCAGCCUCAUUAGUUUGUGCUUGCAAAGUCAUUCUCCUGAGCAAUAUGGACAUUAUUAUCAUUUUCUGAAAUAACAUACAUUGUGCAUGUGAACAGUGACUCCAUACAACAAGUUUUGAAACCGUUGCUCCCAUACGCCAAAGCAACGUUCUACACAGUUCCGUGUAGCAAUUUGAGCACGAUUGUAACUUUUUUUCACAUGAAUUCUGAGGUCUAAGUAUGGGCAUGAAGAGAUAUGUUUCCAGUCGGUACCCUGCAUCUCCUAAGAGUCACCCCUUAAACUUUCCUCGCUCAAAGCGCUCUUUAAGGGUGGACUCGUUAAAGAUACAGGAGUCAUGGGUACUACUUCGCCAUCUGGCAAGAAUUUCUAUGAUGCGAAGUCUAGCAUCACAAGUUACCUGAAAAAAUAUGUCUGCAUUUA